GGCCAGUGUACCGGGGUGGGCGGGGCAAGUACCGGCGCGGUUCGGUUGCAGAGGCACCGGCUUACAUAGGCUGGAGUACGGCGUGUCCUUGGGGUCAGGCGUUAGGACACUGAGACUAGCGCAUCGAGCAUGGGGGACGUGGAGAAAGGCAAGAAGAUCUUCGUGCAGAAGUGUGCGCAGUGCCAUACUGUGGAGAAGGGUGGCAAGCACAAGACUGGGCCCAACCUGCACGGCCUGAUCGGGCGCAAGACUGGGCAGGCGCCCGGCUUCUCCUACACGGAGGCCAACAAGAACAAAGGUAUUACCUGGGGUGAGGAGACCCUGAUGGAGUACUUGGAAAACCCCAAGAAGUAUAUCCCAGGGACAAAGAUGAUCUUUGCUGGCAUUAAGAAGAAGCCGGAGAGGGCAGACUUGAUAGCAUACCUCAAAGAGGCGACUGCUAACUAAUUGUGACCUGCUGCCUUAUUUAUUUCACAAGGGAGGUGGAAAUGGAAGCGUCUCCCCCAGAUUUGGGUUUUUAAAGUUUCUAUUUUUACAUGUACUGUAUCUAACUUUUUGCAUCUGUCUCAUCAGCCAGAUCAUGUGGCUCAUGAGGGUGGUUGGAGUACACACUUGUUUGGCAGUUAUUACUUUGGGCAGUGCAUGUAAACUGAAUUGGGCUUGAAUGAGUACAAUCAUGUUCUAAGUGUUUGUAGUCAUUCUGGAUAAUGCAAUUAAAAAAACAAAAAUCUCAUGGGUUUUUUUUCCCUGUUUCUUCAUUAUAAAGAAUGGUCAAGAAGACUUUUUAGUCAGUCUACUGGUGGUCUUGGCAGCCAAAUUCUUGAGUGUUUGGGAGAGGAGGGCCUUCACUCCAGCUUUGUAAUAUUUCCCUCUUCUUUCUAAUCUACUACCCACUUUGCCAUACCUCUUCCACAAAGAACAUCAGAAAGAAUCUAGUUGAAGUGACAGCAACAAUACUUUAACAUGCCUAAAUCUUUGCAACUAUCUGCAACUUCUAAAGGGAAGGGAGAACGAAAUGAAGUUGAGGUGGAAGGGAGAGGCGGGGAAGGUCACCUGGGAAGGCAGGUCCUGACUCGACUAUUUAGUGCCUCUCAAAAUGGCCAACUACUUCCUCAUCUUUCAUAAGGAUGACAGAGGAUUUUUAUCUUGCUUAUGCAGUCUUUCUAAUAGUUUUCAUUAAUAGAGCAUAUGCUCUUUUUUCAGAAGCUUUUUAAUAAUCACUGAAAUGUUCUCACCCAAGAAGUAAAAGCUUUUGCUUGCAAUAUGACUGUCUCUAAAAAGGGAAUUUUAAGUUGAAACUGCUCAUUGGUUAGUGACUAUAAAAGGAGGAUCCAUCCUUUUCUGGAAGAAUUAAGUACCAUGGGUGGUGGUAUGGUAAGGAAUUCAAGUGAGUUAACAUAAUCAACUCUAAAAACUUAACUUGAAACUGAUUAUGGAGUCUUAUCUUAAUACUGUUAAAACCACUACUUUGUUGGUUGGAGGCAACUUUUGUUUAAGAAAAAUAAAUUUACAAUGCUAGAGUUGAAGAAGGAAAUUCUUCCUCCGUCUCACUUCCGUUAAAGCUCUUAUUUGUUCACUUCUAACCUUCACAAUGUAAAAUAGAAUUGAAAAGUUUCUCUUGCUUUUUUCCAUAGCCAUAAUGAACUUGUGAGGAUGAAUGUAUUUACUGUGCAUCACUAAUAAGAGACACAACUUCAGUAGUGAUCAAUUAUACAUUUUAAAAAAAUCUUCAAAACAA